AUGGGGAUCGUAGAUCGUAUCAAAGAAAUUGAGGAUGAAAUGAAACGGACGCAGAUAAACAAAGCAACAGAGGGCCAUCUUGGCCGUCUAAAGGCUAAGCUCGCUAAGCUUCGUACAGAACUUCUCGAAGAAGGAAAGACGAGUGGUGGCGGAGGUGAAGGCUUUGAUGUGGCCAAAAGUGGUGACGGACGAGUUGCGUUGAUCGGGUUUCCUAGUGUGGGGAAGUCGACGAUGCUGAGGCAGACGCAGUCGGAGACAAACGCUGUUGAGUUCACAACCCUUACUUGUAUUCCAGGGAAUUUAAUGUAUAACGACGUCCGUAUUCAAUUACUCGAUUUACCAGGUAUUAUUGAGGGUGCUGCACAUGGACGUGGUCGAGGACGAGAGGUCAUUGCUGUAGCCAAGUCGGCUGAUAUGAUUUUGAUGGUGUUGGAUGCUGGUCGAGAGGCAGGAAACCGUCAUCGUGAAAUCCUCGAAAAUGAAUUAGAGACUGUAGGACUGCGUCUUAACCGACAGCCGCCCGACAUUUACUUUCGAAAGAAGAAUGGCGGUGGCAUUACUUUUAACAGCACCAUUCGUCUUACUAAGCUUGGUGAUGAUCCGUAUCAAACGGUGUACAAGAUCUUGCACGAAUACAAAAUUCACAAUUGUGAAGUGUUGUUCCGUGAGGAUUGCACGACAGAUGAUCUGAUCGAUGUGAUAGAAGGCAAUCGAAAAUAUGUAAAGUGUUUAUACGUGUACAACAAGAUCGACGUGGUGUCGAUCGAAGAUGUGGACCGACUCGCGCGUAUGCCAAACUCGACUGUAAUUGCUUGUGCCCACAGUGAUCGCCCUGCGCUGAACUUUGAUACACUUUUGGCUAAGAUGUGGGACUACAUGGGACUGACGCGCGUGUACACCAAACGUCGAGGAGAAGCUCCUCAGUUUGAUGAACCGGUCGUUCUGGGAUCGGAGCGAAAAGGUGUCAGUGUUCAUUCUGCGUGCAUGUCGAUCUCGAAAGAUAUGCUGGACAAUUUUAACUACGCUUUGGUCUGGGGAACGAGCACGAAGUACAACCCACAACGUGUUGGCAAGGAGCACAUGCUUCACGAUGAGGACGUCUUACAAGUUAUCGUGAAAACGGCUAACCAGCAAAAGCGUGACAAAAAUUACAAUCAAAAAGUGCAGGCGUACUUUGACAAGUACAAAAAGAAGAAGAAAGCUCUUAAAACCUAA